AUGUUUCUACCAAAACAUCCAUCAAAGCCUUCAGUUACUUCCUCUUCUUCACUUGGAGUUGAUCAACGACAAGGCUCUGUAUCAUCAUCAUCUUCAACAAUUGUCUCACACCCUAAAAGGAGAAUUACACCAACUCUUGUAGAUCCCUCAACAGCUACAACAACUACCACAUCGGGAUUGACCACUCAACAACCAAUAACAUCAUCGGAAGGAUAUUCUCAUAGUAAUAGUAGUGGUAGUAGUAGUUUAUUUAAAAAUCUAAAUGAUGAUGAAGAAUCAAUUAAUAGUUCAUCUGAUGAUGAUGAUUAUGAUGAUUAUAAUGAUGAAGAUGGACAAUUAACAGAUGGAGGAGAAUAUGAAGAAUAUGAAGAGGAUAAUGAUGAAGAAAUGAUUCAUAAUAUUAAUGAAUCCAUUCAAUUACAACAACCUCCUUCAUCAAAAAGAGUUAAAAGAUCAACAUCAACAUCUUUAUCAUCUGGUCAAAAAAAACCAAUCAUAACCAGAAUUAUUGAAGAAUAUUCUGAAAAUGAAAUUCAACAAGAUACUAACUUUUUAACAAAUUAUGAUAUAUCAGCAAUAUUUUCAUCAUUAUCAUCUACUAAAAGAACCAUAUCAUCUAUUAAUUCUUCAUCUAUUAAUAAUUCUAAUAAUUCUAAUAAUUCUAAUACAUAUUCAUUCUAUUAUUUAAAAGAUGAUAUAGUAUUAUAUGAAAUGAAAAAUAGAUUACAUUUUGGUAAAUUAAAUGAAACUGAAAAGUUUGAAAAGAAAUUAACUAAUGAUAUUAUUAAUAAAUUAAAUAAUAGUAUAGAUUUAAAUUUAUAUCCACAAAUAAGUAGAGGUGAUAUUAAAAUUACACAAAUUAAAUUAAAAACAACGAUUGAAAUUAUAACACCCAUUGAAAUUAAUUGUUAUUAUUCAUAUAAUAAUAUUGAAUAUAUUAUUAUUACAAAACGAUUCUAA